UUUUACAGCAGCCUGAUUAUAGAGGUAGAGAUACAUGUAUUGCGAUUUGUUUAAGUUUUAUGUAUUUAAAAGACAAAACUUAAGUGAAUAAGUAUAGAUAUGAUCAUAGUUUAUCUAGACAUCAAGAAACACAGUGACAAAAUUCGCGCGAAUACAGAACAUGUACAAGUUUUAGAUUGUCAUAUCUGUAUAAACAAUACUACGAAUAGAAGUUAUUUGAAAGGAAUCUUAUUGAAAGGUCAUUUUUGUGACCAAAAUAUGUAUACUGGUUAAAAUUUGACAAUGCACAAUGGAGAAGAAUAUAGAUGUGGACCUUGUGAAAGAUCAUUUGCUAAUGAACAAACUCUAAAAAAACACAUGAUAAUACACACCAGAGAUACAAGUUUUCAAUGCGAAAUCUGUGAAAAAUCAUUUUCUCAUCAACAUUAUUUGAAAGAGCAUUUAACAAUACACACAGGAGAAAAAAAUUAUGAAUGCAAAAUAUGUAGCAAAUUAUUUCCUCGAAAUAAAUAUCUUAAACGACAUAUGAGAAUUCAUACAGGAGAGAAAAAUCAUCAAUGCAAAAUCUGCGAUAAGUCAUUUUCUCUAAAAAGUACUUUUGACAGACAUAUGAGAGCUCACACGGGAGAGAAAAAGUACCGAUGUAAAAUAUGUGACAAAUCAUUUGCUGAUAACCAUACUUUUCAAGGACAUAUGACGAUACACACAGGCUUAGAGAAAUAUAAAUGUGAAAUAUGUGAAAAAUCCUAUCCACAUUCUACUUCUCUUAAAUUACAUAUGGCGAUACACACUGGAGAGAAAUUUCAAUGUGAAAUAUGUGACAAAACAUUUACUCAAAACAGUAAUCUUAAAAGGCAUUUGAUUACACACACAGGAGAAAAGAAAUUUAAAUGUGAUACUUGUGACCGUUCGUUUUCUCAUAAAUCUUUACUUAUAUCACAUAUGAUUAUUCAUACUGGAGAAAAGGAAUAUAAAUGUGGAAUCUGUGACAAAUUAUUUCUUCUAAAACGUUCUCUUGAAAUUCACGUGAGGACACAUACUGGGGAGAAGAAAUAUCAAUGCAGCAUGUGUGAAAGGUCAUUUAAUGCAAACAGUAAUCUUAAAACACAUAUGUCAUUACACACAGGAGAGAAGAAAUACAAAUGUGAAAUAUGUGACAAAGCAUUCGCUCAAAAACGUUAUCUUAGUAGACAUAUGAACAUGCAUUCAGAAGAAUGUAAAAAUGUGUGCGAAAUCUGUGAUAGACCGUUUACUCAAAAAAGUUAUCUUGUCGCACAUAUGGCAAUACAUACAGGAGAGAAGGAAUACAAAUGCCAAAAAUGUGAUAAGCUUUUUGCUCGACAUAAUUAUCUUAAAGAUCAUAUGCUGAUACAUUCGAAAGAGAAGAAAUAUCAAUGCGAAUUAUGUGACAGCCAAUUUGCAACAAAAAGUAGACUUACAAAACAUAUUAAAAUACACACAAGUGAGAAGAAUUAAUGAUGGGAUAUCAGUGUUUCAUGUCUAUUAAAAUGUAAAUACGUUCUCUUUGUAAGACCUUUUUCUCAAUAACGAUAUUUUCAUGAUAUAUGACAACUUUAAAUUGUAACAUUACAUUGUAUAAACUGAGAAAAAAGUUUUCAAACAGUAUCUUUGUAAGUCUCUUUUAACUCCAGUAGGACGUGGCUAGUGUCUUUAUUUAUGACUCAUGAAAGAAGACUAGUGAAAUAAAUUGUUACGAAACCUCGAAGGA